AUGUUUGACCCACAGGAGGUUUUCGUAGUCUUCGUGCUAGGUGGUCCGGGAUCUGGCAAGGGCACGCAAAGCGAGUAUAUUAUUAAGGAUUACGGCUUUGUUCAUCUGUCUGCUGGCGACCUGCUUCGCGAAGAACAGAAACGCGAAGGUUCCCAGUACAAGGAACUAAUUCAAGAUUGCAUUCGUGAAGGCAAAAUUGUGCCCAUGGAGGUGACGAUUGCUUUGCUUGAAAACGCAAUGAAAGAGGCUAUUGACAAAGAAGGCAAGAAACGGUUCCUGAUUGACGGAUUCCCUCGAAAAAUGGACCAGGCACUCAAGUUUGAAGAAGUGGUGGUGGAGUCCCAGUUCACGCUUUAUUUCGAAUGUUCCGAGGAUACUUUGGUGACGCGACUGUUGAAGCGAGGUGAAAGCUCUGGACGUAUCGACGAUAAUAUUGAGUCCAUCAAAAAACGCUUCCAGACUUUCAAAGAAACUAGCUUUCCAGUUAUCGAAUACUAUGAAGGAAAGGACAAAGUUCGCAAGGUUAAUGCGGAGCGAGAUAUUGAAAAAGUUUACGCCGAUGUAAAAAAGGUCAUUGAAGCCGCUUUAGAGCAAACCAAGGCAUAG